AUGGCGACAGACGAUGCGACGUCAGGGCGCAUCUACAUUAAAGAUCUGCCAGAAACUGGUUCUGAUUAUGAGGGCUGGCGCUUCAGUUUGAAGAGUCAAAUCCUGCGUGUAGCACCGGACCCAGUUGCUGCCAUGGCUUAUAUCAGAGAGCUUGAUGAUGAAUCUGUUUCUUUUGGCGAUUUGGCGUCAAACUUGUCCGUAGACGUGAACAAAACAGAUGUGAAUGUUUUCGCGGCAGUGGUUGCCGCAUGUCAGAAGGGAAAGAAAGGACCAGAGAUUCUCAAGCUUAUACAAUCACGUGCACAGUUUGGUUGUGGUCGUCAAGCUGUCCGCAUCGUUGACCAGCGGCAUUUGCAUGAGUCAACACAUUUAGCCACGGAGGCUAACACCAAGAUUCAAGAGCUCAGUUGUUCUGGAUUGUCGGAGCUUGACAGCUACAUGGCAUCUUUUUCGUUGUAUCGCCACCAAAUGGGUUCCGGCGAGCAUAAGCUCACCAAUGCUGGGGGCAUUGCGCUUCUGAAGCGCAAGCUCAAGGAUAUCAAAGAAACGGAUGCCACUUCUGCCGUUUUCAAUGCCAGCAAUUCUGUGGAUUUAGACGCCUUGAUAUAUGCCAUCAACGGUUUGGUUGCACAUCACUCUGAGGAGAUUGAGAGGCGAAAAGCACAGAAAAAGGCUGCUGCGGCCAAGGUCGCUGCUGCCACGGCAGCGGGCGGCAAAUCACAGGGAGGCAAAGGCAAGAGCAAGAACAAGAAAGGCAAUGACAAGCCGUGUGAUCAUUGUCACAAGCCCGGACACACAGCACAAAAGUGCUAG